AUGAAAGCCUGGCUAAUGGAUAACGAGGUUUCAGACCAACGUCUCGACCACAAUUCUGGGGUUGAGUUGGAUGAAAAGGCUUUGGGCGAUAUUGGAGUUCUAUACUAUCACUUAGACAACCUCGAUGAUGUCAACACACUCGCUAAAGAGCGCCAUUACCGUAACCGGGACGAAAUAGAGGUUUCACCAAAGUCCAUGGGCAGUGAGGAGGCCUAUAUGGCCAAACUCAAGAUCUUUUUUGAUGAGCAUCUCCAUGAAGACGAGGAGAUUCGCUAUGUGCUCGACGGAAGAGGCUUUUUCGACGUUCGCGACCGCGCAGACAGAUGGGUGCGAGUUGCUGUCGAAAAAAACGACUUAUUGAUUUUACCUGCGGGCAUCUACCAUCGAUUUACCACCGAUUCAUCAGACUACAUCCGCGCUUUGCGUCUGUUCCAAGAUGAGCCCAAAUGGGUAGCUUUCAACCGGCCAGCUGAUGACAAGACAAGCCGGACCGAGUAUUUGAGGGCAAUUGAAGCUUGA